AUGUCAAGCUAUUCCGGAUCUGUCCGUGGCGACGGCAGGCCGGCCCGCCAGUCAGCGUCAGCCAUCAUCGCCGAUGCCGUGGCCGAGCCAGGUCUAGUCGACGGCGAUAAGGCGGCGCAGAACGAAUCGGCGGCCAUCGUCGCCGAUUCGGAGCCCGGAUCUGUCCACGAUUGCGGCGACAUGCUGCCUCAGCAGGCAGCGUCGACCACGAUCACCGAGGCCGUGUCCGGGCCUGCUAUUGGCCAAGGCCACACGUCGGCCAUCGUCGUCGAUUCAGUGCCAGGGCCUUUCCAUGCCGAUGCCGAUGCCGGCGACGAGAUGCCGCCGGCUCAGCACGGCGCGUCCACGAUCACGAACGCCACCAUGCUCGCCGGCUGUGACAGCGACGCGUCGGCGCAGCACACAGCGUCGGCCAUCGUCGCCAAGACCGUGUCGGGGUCGCAUGUUCUGAAGAUCAAGAGUUACUCCCACACAAAGGGCCUUGGCCUCGGCGGCAUCUUAUCCGACACUUUCCGUGUCGGAGGGCAUUGCUGCCGCAUUGUGUAUUACCCCGAUGGAUGUCGCUCGGACUGCGCCGAUUGGGUAUCCAUUGGUCUACUCUUUGUGGAAACCCACGCUAGUCACAUCAACGCAAGGAUUAAGUUUAGCUUGCUCGACCAUGGUGGCAAACCGGUGCCGCUCUACACCACGGAAACCCACACGGUGACUACAUUGUCGACAAGGCAGGAGCCGUUGGUCAGUGCAAGAUUCAUUGAAAGGAAAACGUUGGAGUCGAGCUAUCUUAAAGGUGAUUGUUUCACGGUCAGAUGUGAUGUCACCAUUACCAGCGGCAUCCGCACCGAGGAUACCACGAAGCAGUCCGUGGUGGUGCCACUGUCUGACAUUCACCAGCAUCUUGGGCAGCUCCUCCUGACCGGCAAAGGGACAGACGUCACGUUUGAGGUCGGCCGCGAGACGUUUGCGGCUCACAGAUGCGUGCUCGCCGCUCGGUCGCCGGUGUUUAUGGCAGAGCUCUUUGGUCCGAUGAAAGAAAAUACAGCAACUUCUAUACGAAUUGAUGACCUAGAACCUUCGGUCUUUCAAGCUUUUCUCUACUUUGUGUACAAUGACUCGCUGCCUGACAUUGACAAAGGUGAAGAAAUAUUGAUGGCGCAGCAUUUGCUUGUUGCGGCGGAUAGAUACGACCUCAAAAGGCUAAAGUUGAUCUGCGAGGACAUAUUAUGCAACAGCAUUGACACAGAAACAGCAGCCGCUACGUUAGCGUUGGCUGAGCAACACGGUUGCUGCGGGCUCAAGGAUGAAUGCUUCAAGUUCCUGACGACUCCAGGCAAAAAUCUUAAGUUAGUCAUGACAAGUGAUAACUUUCAACAUCUGUGGAGCGUUAGUCCCUCUGUCCUCAAGGAGCUUCUUGCGAAACUUGAUGCCAUAAAUGGACUCCAAGUCAUUUGAUACUUUAGAGCUUGUUACUAUUCAAUAAAACCGAACCGGUUGACAAUUCAUCUACAUCUAGUAUGGCUCCUCCUUGUUGAUGAUUAAUUUUUAUGAUAACU